AUGUCGGUUGGAGAUAAUGUCACAUUGGCCUCCAAUGUUCUCGGCACAAUUGGCACAACCCUCUGGUGUGUACAGCUGAUUCCCCAGAUAUGGUAUAACUGGCGAAGAAAGAAGACGGAUGGAUUCCCGGCUGCUAUGAUGUUUCUGUGGGCGAGCUGUUCGGUUCCAAUGGGUGCAUACCUGAUUCUACAGAAAGUGAAUAUCCCAUUACAAAUCCAGCCGCAGAUCUUUGGGUUCUUUUCUUUGGUCAGUUGGUGUCAGGUUCUAUAUUAUAACCACAAUUACAGUCGGUUGAAAGCAUCGCUGGUUUGCUUGGGGUGUUCUGCUCUAUUUGGCGGGAUCGAGGCUCUUCUCAUUCUUACGUUACGGAUCCCAUACAGCAAAGGCGUUUCCUGGCCGGAUAUUGUGGUUGGUGUAGUUGCUGCUAUCCUCUUAACUGCGGGCUUAUUACCUCCAUACUUUGAAUUGUGGAAGAGGGAUGGCCGUGUCAUUGGAUUCAACUGGGUAUUCUUGUCUAUUGAUACACUAGGUGGAAUGUUUUCUCUCUUUGCCUUGGCGGCGCAAGGUAGUUUUGAUAUUCUAGGUGGAAUCAUGUAUAUUCUCGUGAUCAUUCUCGAAGGAGGAAUCUAUGUCAGCCAUAUUGUUUGGCGGAUUCGCUAUCGCAAGCUUCGUAAAGAGGCGAAGAUAAGCGGAAGGAGUAUUGAUGAUCUGCUUGAUUUGACAAGGAAUAAUGCAGGAGAGACUCAAAAUGCUCGACCGGAUAUGAAUCCUUUGGAUGAUAUUGAGAAACAACAGUGA